AUGUUCUUCGAAGAUGCUAGAAACGCCCUUUUAAUCGCUUAUGCGGAUGGUUUUCUGGAUGAUGAAGAGUUUAUUGUUCUUUACGAUUAUUACCAACCCGUUAAUCCUUCAUUUCCGUACUGGAAAUUUGAUCCAUUCUGUUUGGAUGUGUUCGACUCUUGCGAGUGCGAAGCUCACUUCAGGGUGGCCAAGGAUGAUAUUCCGAUGUUAUUGAACGCAUUGCGGAUUGCGGCGAGUUUCAAGUGCCCACAGGGAACAGUUUGCAGUGGCUUAGAAGGACUUUGUUUACUGCUAAAACGACUAGCAUACCCAUGCCGCUAUUUCGAUUUAAUUUCAACUUUUGGACGUCCGCAUCUCCUGUUGACAUCCUAA